UGUUUCUCAAGAUUACCUUAGAACCAUCCCCAUUGACAAUCAAACACAUAGUUUUUGGUUUAACGCAAUCCAAGGAUUCGUUAGAACCAUACGUAGAAUUUGAAGCCAAAACUAAAGAUUGGGCGGACCGAUUACUCAUUCAUAGCCAUAAGCUCAAAAAAAUCUGGUCCCACAACAAAACUCUCCCUUCUAAAUUCUAAAUUCUAAAUUCUGAUCAUUUAUUUAUCACUUAUAUAUUCGCUCCCUUCUGCUCUUUCCUUUGCCCAAAAGAAUAGGAAUAUCUGCCAAAUUUGGCAACUCAGAAAACGUCUACUAAAUAUUAGGAGAAAUCAGCACCAAAAAUGGCGUUUUUUGGAUGUUCUUCUACUUUCGCAAACCCUAAUUCCGCCAUUUUCUCUCCUUCCACUCGUUUUCAUUAUCCUUCCCUUUCUUUUUCUGCUUCCACUCCUAAAUUUUCUUCUUCUUUUCAUUCUUCCUUUUCUCUUCGCUUUGAUCAAUCCUUAACUCGACGCCAUUCUCGCAUAUCUAAUCGUCCUAAUUUCGUGGUUAUGGCGUCAACUAGUAACUCGAGGCCAUUGAGGAUUAUGAUUUCAGGUGCUCCGGCGUCUGGCAAAGGGACUCAAUGUGAGCUCAUUACUGAGAAAUAUGGUUUGGCGCAUAUUUCUACUGGUGAUUUGCUUCGCGCUGAAAUUUCAUCGGGUAGUGAAAAUGGAAAAAAAGCUAAAGAUUACAUGGACAAAGGACAGCUGGUCCCUGAUGAAAUAGUUGUGAUGAUGGUCAAAGAUCGUCUGCUGCGGCCAGAUUCACUAGAGAAGGGCUGGCUUUUAGAUGGAUAUCCAAGGAGCUUAUCCCAAGCAGUUGCUUUGAAAGACUUGGGGUUCCAACCUGACCUGUUUAUUCUUCUGGAAGUUCCUGAGGAAUUACUUGUUGAGAGGGUUGUUGGACGAAGAUUAGAUCCUGCUACUGGGAAGAUAUACCACUUAAAGUAUUCUCCUCCUGAGAAUGAUGAAAUUGCUUCUAGGCUUACCCAGCGUUUUGAUGAUACUGAGGAAAAGGUGAAAUUACGUUUGCAAACUCAUCAUCAAAAUGUAGAGGCAGUGCUCUCCAUGUAUGAAGACAUAAUUGUUAAGGUUGAUGGAAGUGGUACAAAGCAAGAUGUAUUCGCCCAGAUCGAUAAUGCCCUUUCCAAGCUUGUGGAACUAGAGACUACCUCAGAUUCCGUGGCAGCUUAGAUGAUUGACCUGUAGCAGGCAACAUUAUAUUUGGCUUGCUGCUUUUAUGUCAAGGUUUCUUAAUUGACACAAACAUCCAUUUGCUCAUUUUUUAACUAUUGAUUACUAGCAAUUCAUUUGUAAACAGUUUUUGGUCAGUAUAUAUAUCAGUAGCCCUGAAUCUUUUUCAGAACAUCCAUUACUUUUUCUGUAAACAAGUGGCUCGUACUAUCAUUAUUGCAUAAUCAAUGAAAGCCCCCAUGUCAUUGUGUAAUUUGGAGGCACAAAUUUGAAUGUGAA